CCAUCCCCUUCCAGUUUGACUGCCUUUGUCUUUCCCUUCCCCUCCCGCAGCUUGUCAAGAGCUGAAAAAACUGCCUGAGAUGGCAAGCCAACGUCAGCGAGAAGGGGAAGGAGGAAAGCAAGCCCAACUCCUCCUGCAUCUGCUUUCAAAAGGCACCGAGAGGUUGGGCAGAGGAAGGAAGGCGGAUGAGCCUCCAAGCGAGACGGCCACGGCCUCUCUCUCAACUUUCCCAGCGAGAACGAAGAAACAGUGGGGUGAACUUCAGCAGGGACAAAAGGACAAAAGGACUUAAGCAAAGGCUCCGCGGAGAGGGCUGUGCCGAAAGGAACGCGCCGCCGGAGCAUCUUCUCCUGAUGUUUUGGACACCAAAUGUUGGGUAUUGUCACUGUUGUGCUCAACUUCUCGCUCCUUGACCUCGUUCGGGGCUGCGAAAUAGCCGGCAAAGCAUCUUUUCCUGACAUCUGGACACAAAAUGUUGAGUACUGCAUCCCGACUUCUUUCUUUUUGACCUCUUUCAGCGCUUCAAAAUAGCCAUCAGAGCAUUUCUUCUUGACAUUUGGACACCAAAUGUUGGAUAUUGCGUCCCAAGUUCUCUCUCCUUGACUUCGAAAUAGCCAUCAGAACAUCUUUUCUCGACGUUUGGACAUCAAAUGUUGGGUAUUGUAUCCUAAGUUCUUUAUCCUUGACUUUGAAAUAGCCAUCAGAGCACCUUUUCCUGAUGUUUGGACUUCAAAUGUAUGUUGUGCUCCAACUUCUCUUUCCUUGACCUCCGAAUUAGUCUACGAAGCAUUUUUUCUCGACGUUUGGACACCAAAUGUUGGGUAUUGUAUCCCAAGUUAUUACUCCGUGACUUCGAAAUAGCCAUCGGAGCCUAUUUUCCUGAUGUUUGGACCUCAAAUGUAUGUUGUGCUUCAACUUGUCUCUCCUUGACCUCCGGAUUAGUCUACAAAGCAUCUUUGGACACCAAAUGUUGGGUAUUGUAUCUGAAGUUCUUUUUCUUUGACUUCGAAAUAGCCAUCAGAGCAUCUUUUCUUGACGUUUGGACACCAAACGUUGGGUAUGGUAUCCCAACUUCUCUCUCCUUGACUUCGAAAUAGCCAUCAGAGCAUCUUUUUCUGAUGUUUGGACUUCAAAUGUAUGUUGUGCUCCAACUUCUCUCUCCUUGACCUCCGGAUUAGUCUAUGAAGCAUCUUUGGACACCAAAUGUUGGGUAUUGUAUCCCAAGUUCUUUCUCCUUGACUUUGAAAUAGCCAUCAGAGCAUCUUUUCCUGAUGUUUGGACCUCAAAUGUUGUGUGUUCUGCUCCAACUUCGCUCUCUUUGAUCUCGAAAGCAUCUUCUCUUGACGUUUGGACACCAAAUGUUGGGUAUUGUAUCCCAAGUUCUCUCUCCUUGACUUCAAAAUAGCCAUCAGAGCAUCUUUUCUCGACGUUUGGACACCAAAUGUUGGGUAUUGUAUCCUAAGUUCUUUAUCCUUGACUUUGAAAUAGCCAUCAGAGCAUUUUUUUCCCCUGAUGUUUGGACUUCAAAUGUAUGUUGUGCUCCAACUUCUCUCUCCUUGACCUCUGAAUUAGUCUACGAAGUAUCUUUUCUUGACGUUUGGACACCAAAUGUUGGAUAUUGUAAACCAAGUUCUUUCUUCUUGACUUCGAAAUAGCGAUUGGAGCCUAUUUUCCUGAUGUUUGGACCCCAAAUGUUGUGUGUUGAGCUCCAACGUCUGUCUACUUGAUCUCCAAAGCAUUUUUUCUUGACGUUUGGACACCAAAUGUUGGGUAUUGUACACCAAGUUUUUUCUCCUUGACUUCAAAAUAUCCAUUGGAGUAUCUUUUCCUGAUGUUUGGACUUCAAAUGUAUGUUGUGCUCCAACUUCUCUCUCCUUGACCUCCGAAUUGAAGCAUCUUUUCUUGACGUUUGGACACCACAUGUUGGGCUUCUCUCUCCUUCUCUGAGCCAAGUCGAAAUGAAGACCUUGCAAAGCUGAGACCGUGGACCGUCUUGGUUGGACUUGCCUUCUCCAAGAUGACCCUGGCCGUGAUGGGUGGCCACGACGGCUACAACGUCCAAGCCACGGCCGCCAUCGCUGCCGUCACCACCUUCCUCAUCCUCUUCACCAUCUUCGGCAACGUCCUGGUCAUCAUCGCCGUGCUGACCAGCCGCUCCUUGAAAGCUCCUCAGAACCUCUUCUUGGUCUCCUUGGCGGCCGCGGACAUCUUGGUGGCCACGCUCAUCAUCCCCUUCUCCUUGGCCAACGAGUUGAUGGGCUACUGGUACUUCGACAAGGUCUGGUGCAAGGCCUACCUGGCGCUGGACGUCCUCUUCUGCACGGCCUCCAUCGUCCACCUCUGCGCCAUCAGCCUGGACCGUUACUGGUCCGUCAGCCAAGCCAUCGAGUACAACUCCAAGCGGACGCCACGGAGGAUCAAGUGCACCAUCCUCGUGGUCUGGCUCCUGGCGGCCUUGAUCUCCCUCCCGCCCUUGGUCUUCAACACCAACCCCAGCGAGGCCCAGGAGGACGCCAAGCGCUGCGAGCUCAACGAACAGCCCUGGUACAUCCUCUCCUCCAGCACCUGCUCCUUCUUCGCGCCCUGCCUCAUCAUGAUCCUGGUCUACGUCCGGAUCUACUUCAUCGCCAAGCGACGGAGCCGGAAAGGGGCCGCACCGAAGAAGGCCAAGGCGGGGAAAAAGCUGCCCCGGAUCCAAAUCACAAGCUCACCCAAACCGUUGGCGGGAGAAGGAGAACCCAACGGGCACCAAGUGACUGUGCGAGAAGAACGAGAACCCAACGGGCAUCAUUUGGGGGUGCGAGAAGGACCCAACGGCCAUCAGUUGAUAAUGCGAGGAGAAGGAGAACCUGACGGGCAACAUUUGAGGAUGAGAGAAGAGCACAAGGGGCAUCAGUUGAGUCUGCGAGAAGAAGAACAUGAUGGGCAUCAGGUGACCAUGCGAGAAGAACCUAUUGGGCAUAAUUUGAGGGUAGGAGAAGAACAAGAACCCAUUGAGCAUCAGUUGAGGAUGGGAGAAGAACGAGAACCCAUUGGGCAUGAGGUGACCAUGAGAGACAAACCCAAGGGACAUCAUUUGAGGAUGCAAGGAGAAGGAGAACCCAUUGGGCAUGAGGUGACCAUGCGAAACGAACCCAAUGGAUAUAAUUUGAGGAUGAAACGAGGAGAACCAGAUGACCAUCAUUUGAAGGUGCAAGGAGAUGGAGAACCCAAUGGGCAUCAGAUAACCAUGCGAGAUGAACCCAAUGGACAUCAUUUGAGGAUGCAAGGAGAAGGAGAACCAGGUGGGCACCAGUUGAAGAAGCAAGGAGAACCCAAUGGGUAUCAUUUGAGGUUGCAAGGAGAAGGAGAACCAGAUGGGCACCAGUUGAAGAAGCAAGGAGAACCCAAUGGGCAUCAUUUGAGGAUGGGAGAAGAACGAGAACCCAAUGGGCAUCAGUUGAGGAUGGGAGAAGAACGAGAACCCAAUGGGCAUCAGUUGAGGAUGGGAGAAGAACGAGAACCCAAUGGGCAUCAGUUGAGGAUGGGAGAAGAACGAGAACCCAAUGGGCAUCAGUUGAGGAUGGAAAGGGAAGGAGAACCCAACGGGCACCAGGUGACCAUCCAAGAAGAUGACCAUCCCUUUGUGAGCCAGGAAGAGAAGAAGACCAGAUCACCCAGUCCUUCCCAGUCUCAGUUGGGGAAGAAACCCUGGCCGGGCAUGGAGACCUUGGCCACGGCCAAGGGCGAGGUGCUGCUGGUGCGGAGGGUGAAGACCCUGAGCGCCAACCCUUGGAAGCGGAAGACCCACCUGAACCGGGAGAAGCGCUUCACCUUCGUCUUGGCGGUGGUGAUGGGGGUCUUUGUGGUCUGCUGGUUCCCCUUCUUCUUCCUCUACAGCCUGCGGGCCGUGUGCUCGGCCAGGCGCUGCCCCAUCCCGGACGUCACCUUCAAGUUCUUCUUCUGGAUCGGCUACUGCAACAGCUCCUUGAACCCGGUCAUCUACACCAUCUUCAACCAGGACUUCCGCAAGGCCUUCCGGAGGAUCCUCUGCCGCCCGUGGACCCAGACGGCCUGGUGAGGCUGAGAACGUGGGUGCUCGUGGGAUUUAAGAGGAUGGGGAACUCUAUUGAUUGAUUGCUGUCAUUUUUGGGAGGGUUGACCCAAAACAGAGAGAAACGGGCCUUUUGUGGACUGUGCCGUGUCCCGCCCAGGGUUCUGUAUGAUGUAUUUUCUGCCAAAGUAUUUUUUCACUAAAAGACAAUGUGCCAAUGGCAUAAACAAAGGAAAGAUC